AUGGUUCAAUGUUGGUAUAUGGAUGAUCGAAAAGAAGAUCCACAGGAAGACCACCUGUUGGAAGAAGUGGACACCGUAACAUUGUGUAACAAAACAGGUGUCGAAGUUUGGUAUUUUCAUCCUGAUCAAAUUCGUGCUGAUAGUGAAUGUCCAUCGUUAAUUAAAUUAAAAAAAGAUCGAGGAUAUACUUAUGAGGAUGAAAUUAAAGUCGAUCCAACCAUGGAGAAUUAUGAGAACAAAUUGAAAACAUUCUUUGCCGAACAUCUUCAUUCGGAUGAAGAAAUUCGACUUGUACUUGAAGGAUCUGGUUUCUUCGAUGUUCGCGAUUGCGAUGACAAAUGGAUGAGAAUUCAUGUUUUUCCUGGUGAUUUGAUUAUUUUACCUGCUGGAAUUUAUCAUCGAUUCAUACCUGAUAAACAAAAUUUUAUUCGUGCACGACGUCUCUUUGUCGGAGAACCCAUCUGGACUCCAAUAAAUCGACCUGAUGGUGACAAGCAUCCAUCACGCAAAGUUUAUGUCGAUCAUCUUUAUCGUAAUGGUGAGCAAACCGCUGGUAACAACAUCAUUGAAGCAAUGUCAUAA